AUGGCGAAGGUGUACCAAGCCUGGAAGGGCGACAACGUGUUUCUCUGCUACGGCCGGUACAUAUUGGGUCCCGAUUUCCGCUCGCUGGUACUCUCGUUCCUGCUCAUCCUUAUACCGGGGAUACUCUUCUGCGUCUUCGUCGCCGCGCAGCUUCCUGGGAAGAUUCCCGGAGGCAUCGUCGUGCUUCCAGUUGCUAUCUGCUACAUCGCAUGGAACCUCUUCAUUCUCGUCUUCACGGCAUGUAGGGAUCCCGGUAUUGUCCCUCGCAACCUCGUCCCGCCAGACCCUGAUCCGGACAUGCUAGAAGCCAUGCGCCUGGAGGGCGGCGGGCUUGCCACGGGGGGAAGGUUAAGCUUACCGAGAACUAAAGACGUGGAGAUUAAUGGGUUCAGGGUGAAGGUUAAAUACUGCGACACAUGCCUACUGUACAGACCCCCCCGCUGCUCCCACUGCAGUGUGUGCAACAACUGUGUGGAGCGAUUCGACCACCACUGCCCGUGGGUGGGGCAGUGCAUAGGCAAGCGCAACUACCGGUUCUUUUACAUGUUCACCACCACCACAACGCUCCUCUGCCUGUUCGUAUUCGCCAUCAGCGCGCUCCUCCUCGCCCUCAUCAUGAAUAACGCCUACGAGCCGGGAGGCCAGCCGAGGACCCUGUGGGAGGCCAUGGGGAAGGCGCCAGUUGCAGUGAUUCUGAUGGCAUACACCUUCAUAGUGGUGUGGAGGGCAGCCCAGAACGCUGUGGGAGGCCAUGGGGAAGGCGCCGGCUGCAGUGAUUCGACUCUCAUGGCGCAUACGUUCAUAGUCGUGUGGUUUGUGGGCGGGCUUAUGGUGUUCCACACGUUUCUUAUGGCGACCAAUCAGGUGAGUCUUGAGAGACUUGUGGCGGUGUCUGGUGGUGAUUCAGUGGCGGUGUCUGGUGGUGAUUCAGUGGCGGUGUCUGGUGGUGAUUCAGUGGCGGUGUCUGGUGGUGAUUCAGUGGCGGUGUCUGGUGGUGAUUCAGUGGCGGUGUCUGGUGGUGAUUCAGUGGCGGUGUCUGGUGGUGAUUCAGUGGCGGUGUCUGGUGGUGAUUCAGUGGCGGUGUCUGGUGGUGAUUCAGUGGCAGUGUCUGGUGGUGAUUCAGUGGCGGUGUCUGGUGGUGAUUCAGUGGCGUUGUCUGGUGGUGAUUCAGUGGCGGUGUCUGGUGGUGAUUCAGUGGUGGUGAACACGUUUCUGUGUUUGAAGAAGUGA